AUGGGGAAAAUGAAUGAGGUUGCAGACGAACUGUUCUCGUUGUUUCUCUCACUUAAAGACUACGUUUUCAGGAAUUCAGAGCAAGGUAGUAGGAAAAUGAAGAUAACUUUAGAUGAUAUUGAGGAGGAGGUUUUGUUUUGGAAGCCUUCGAUUGUGUGCUAUGUUCUUGGAGUGAAUCCUCCACUGCACAUACUUGAGGGUUUUGCAAAUAGGAUUUGGAAAGAUAAGGUUGAUCGAGUGAAGAGAGAUCAGGUCAUCAAUAGGGGAUACAUUUUCUUCAAUCGUAGACCUGUCAUUAUGAAGUCGUGGGAUCCUAAUGUCAACUUUAAGAAAGAGGAUGUCAAAUGUGUACCAAUUUGGGUUCAACUUGAGGAAUUGGAGCUGAAAUAUUGGGGCCAAAGAUCACUUUUUAAGAUAGUUGGGCAGCUAGGGAAACCUCUAAUGGUGGAUUCUUUCACCAAGGAGAGGGAGAGGCUGAACUACCCUACAGUGCUUGUUGAGGUUAUAAUGGAUCAACAUCUACCUGAUAUGCUAGAAUUCGAAAAUGAAUUUGGGUCGAAUACAUCAGUUGGAAUAAAAUAUGAGUGGAAACCAGUCACAUGUUCCCACUGCUUUGGUAUUGGACAUUCCACAACUGAUUGCAAAAAGGUUACAAAUGCCAAACAACAUUGGGUUACCAAAAAAGAUAACAGGAAGGUCAUAGAAACUGAUGAGGAGGGCUUCACUAAGGUCUCAAAAGGGAAGAAGGUAGACAUGAAAGAGAAGUCAAAUGCUGGAGCUGCUGUAACAGUGACUAAUAACACUUUCCAGGCCCUGAGUUUGGAGGAAUUAAAUGGCACUACAAAUGGAGAUAUUGCAGAAAAUGGAAUCGGUACAGAUGGGACAACUGCAGAAUAUGAGAGCAACAUAGGAGGGGGGAGUUCACUCUCUUUCCAAUGGAUAAAUUGCUAUGUUGGAAUGGUAAAGGCUCCAAAACUUGGAGCCUUGUACUCUAAUGUUUUUGAUGGAUGGUGUUUCUCUUCCAAUAUAGCUUGGUAUGCAGGAGGGAAGAUUGCUAUAGGAUGGAACCCUUGUAGAUUCACUGUUGAUAUCAUCAAAUGUACUAGCCAAUUAAUACAUUUGAAGAUUUCAACAGUUGAGAGUUUCAAUAGUUUUCUUACUGUGGUAUAUGCUUUUAAUAAUCGAGGAGAAAGAAGGCUUUUAUGGAAGGACAUAUGUGAAUUGUACUCUGAUGAAAAUUGGUGUCUGAUGGGGGACUUUAAUGACAUUUUGGCCAAAGAGGAGAGGGUGGGGCUUAGGGUUAGAUCCUAUCCUGACUCUGAUUUCUUUAGAUGUGUGAACUUCCGCAAACUAGAAGAUGUCAAAGCAAGUAAGAAAUUUUUCACUUGGACAAACAAGCAACCAGGUGCAGAUAGAAUCUAUUCCAAGAUUGACAGGAUAAUGGCCAAUCAAGCAUGGAUUACCAAGUAUGAAUUUGUUGAAGCUGUAUUCCUAAAUGAGGGACUUUUCGAUCAUUCCCCUGGUAUUUUAUCUCUACAUCCUGGAAUGGUGGGGGGAAGCCUUUCAAGUACUUUAAGAUGUGGAAAUCUCAUCCAAAGUAUGAUGAUCACCUAA